UCUAUUCAAAUAAGUGGAUCAACGCUGUUAAGUAUACACUUCUGUUUUAAUGGUAAGCCUGUACGGACUAGCGAUAACAUUUCUACGUUAUAUCAUAAGUAUUGACUGUGAGAUAUUUGUGAAUGAAGAUACAUUUUUCUUUUGAAAUGUAUUUUCAGCUAGAAAUAUGAAAUGAAAUUCUGAUAUGGAUGUGUGUAGUAGGUUUCCGGUUGAGAUAUAACCGGUAUCUGUUAAUCAGGAUACUCCAUUAUUACAAUGGUACGUGGACGCAAAGACACGUGAGCAACAAUGGAUUACAGACUUUUAGUGACCUUGAUAUACGGCAUCUUUAGAGUUUCGAAUUCAUGGCAUCAGUUCUCUAAUACCCAGUACCACUGCUGGCCCCUAUCUGCUAAUGGCGCUAAUCCACAGACUUACGACCCAUGUCCAGGUGUGGACUUAACCUGGAUUGAACCCCCGCCCGAUACUCUGAAGGAACAAGCAGGCUUUAACACAACAUCACAGCUUUUUCUGCAGCCUAGCUUUUACUCGUGGGCCGUAGGUCAGAACCUGUUCAGUAAUGCAAACGGAAGUCAAGGCAUCAGUGAUGCCAGUCUUGCCCAACAGUGGUGCGAGACAACAACGUGUCCGUCCGCGUCCGUAGCAACAGAGGACAACUGUUGCAUACACCACAUGAACAUCCACAGUUGUCCGAUGGAUGGGUCUCUCGACGUGUGCGGACCGUGGAUCCCUCCCAGUGGCAAAGUCUUCACGCACUCCCAAGUCCUUGUCGGGUCAGCUACACAGGGAAACUGGACCAACUACGUGGGGGGUCUCUAUGUCGCCGGACAGACAUCUAUCAUUGCCCACUUUAAGGUUGCCGGAAUCAGCAUUGCUCUCAUCAAGAUUGUGAAAGUUCUACCCAAAGCAGUGUGUGGUGAUGGUAACUGUGAGCCGGAGGAGGGAUGUGAAACCUGUGUUGCCGACUGCGGGACAUGCCCCCUGGAGCCGUGGGCGUGGGCGGUGAUAACUCUCGGGAUACUGGCAGUAGUCGUUGUGUUUGGAGGCCUUCUUCUUAAAAUUCAAUACCAGAAGAGGAAACUUCUUUUCGACGAGAGCUGGAUCUAUCUAUACGAUACGAUAAUUCAAGAACUUGAACCUCGGCAUGCAUUCGGUAGCUGUAUCAGUAGGAGAUCUAUGGCCUGUCUGGAUGACGCCAUCAGUACCACUGGGUCUUUGACGGCAUGUAAACAGAUGUUCGCCACCACUGGCACUGUGGAUGGGAAGACGGUAACCAUACGAAAAAUUAACAAGAACCAAUUUCUAUUGUCACGGAGGAUCAGAGAAGAAGUAAGGAUUGUAAGGACAAUGGACCAUACAAAUCUGUGUAAGUUCGUGGGAGGCUGUGUAAAGGUUCCGAACGUCUGUAUCCUCAUGGAAUAUUGUCUGAAAGGCAGUCUGAUUGACGUCUUACUGAAUGAUGAUAUACCCCUCUCUUGGUCGUUCCGGUUGUCAUUUGCUGCCGAUAUAGCUCGUGGGAUGGCGUAUUUACACAAUCACAGUAUAGUUCAUGGUCGACUGAAGGCGCACAACUGCGUUAUUGAUGACCGAUGGACUGUAAAGAUAACAGAUUAUGGCUUACCUACGUACCGCAUUAAUGAGUUUGAGGACCAGGAACACGAGGGUGAAAUCACACUGAAAAUGUCACGCUACAAAGUUUAUUAUGCACCCGAGUUUAAAAAUGAUAUGGCUUCAUCAAAAGAGUUUACACUCAAUGUGACGUCAUGUGAAGGAGAUGUGUACGCCUUCGGUGUAAUCCUCAUCGAGAUAGCAACACGCAACGACGCUUACGGUGAUGAAGAUUGGACUACUCUGCCACUGAACUGGAAACCUCCAAUUCCUCAAUUUGGGAAACACGAAGACUACGAUACUAAAUGUCCUUGUCCUGAACAGUAUUGUAGUCUGAUCGUCACCUGUUUGAACAAUAACCAGAAUGAGCGACCAAAGUUUGACAUCAUAAAGAAAUCAAUACAUAAGAUGAACCCCAACAAGCUUAACCCAGUGGAUCUGAUGAUGAAUAUGAUGGAGAAGUACUCUAAACAUCUGGAGUCCCUGGUGACUGAUAGGACAAAGGAACUCAUUCUGGAGAAACAAAAGACAGACCGUUUACUAUAUAAUAUAUUACCGAAGUCAGUGGCUGAUGAACUUCGCCAUGGUCGUCCAGUCCAGGCAGAAUCGUUCGAAAUCUGUACCAUCUUCUUCAGCGAUAUCGUCGGCUUCACGUCUCUCAGUUGCGGAAGUACACCGAUGGAGGUUGUCGCUCUGCUCAAUAAACUCUACAUCACCUUCGACGAAAUCAUCGAAAAGUUCGAUGUUUACAAAGUGGAAACAAUCGGAGAUGCGUAUAUGGUUGUCUCUGGCGUGCCGAAUCUGACUGAAGACCAUGCUUACGAAAUUUCCAACAUGGCUCUUGAGCUUGUAGAAGAAAGCAAGAUAUUUACGAUACCACACCGAAAAGGAGAAAAUCUAAAGAUUCGUGUUGGACUUCAUUCGGGCCAUGUCUGUGCUGGAGUGGUGGGGAUGAGGAUGCCUCGUUACUGUUUGUUUGGGGAUACAGUUAACACCGCCUCUCGGAUGGAGUCAAACGGGGAAGCCUACAGAAUCCACAUCAGUGACUCCACACACACAGAGCUGGCCCUCUAUGAUGGAUUCGUGUUCGAGGAGAGGGGUACAAUUCCUAUAAAGGGAAAAGGUAAUAUGAGAACAUGGUGGCUCCUCAGUGCAGGCAAGACCAAGAAGUGUGAAAAACUCGGCAAAAUUAUUGACGACACAAAUAUUCUUACAGACGAACUUCUCGCAGAGAAUGAAAAGAAUUCUAAUCUAAUUGAUCAAAACUCCAUUGACAACAAAACCGGGAAACAAAACGGGAACGUUGAUGGGUGUAUUAGCAUGUUAAAAACUCUUAAUAGUAAACUAGUGGUGGAUACAAAUAUGGAACAGACAGGUACACAGCCGCCACAGAAAGGGGUCAGAUUUGAAUAGCUUCUGUGAAAUACUGUAAAAGAACAGAAAUUGUUCAGAUUGAAUAGCUUCUGUGAAAUACUGUAAAAGAACAGAAAGUGUUCAGAUAUGAAUAGUUUGUUAACGUACUCUAAAAAGUACAGAAAGCGUUCAGAUUUGAAAAGGUUGUUUAAAGUACAGUGAAAAGUACAGAAAUUGUUCAGAUUUGAAUAAUUUGUGUAAAGUACUGUAAAAAGCACAUAAAGUGUUCAGAUUUAAAUAAUUUGUGUAAAGUACUUUUAAAAGCACAGAAAGGAUUCAGAUUUGAAUAGUUUGUGUAAAGUACUGUAAAAGGCACAUAAAGUGUUCAGAUUUGAAUAUUUUGUGUAAAGUACUGUAAAAAGCACAGAAAAGAUUCAGAUUUGAAUAGUCUGUGUGCCGUACUGCAUGACAACCACAUGAAAGAAGGAUUUGAACAACAGUAUGAUCAGCAUAUGCUUCUAAACAUAUUCGUCAGAAUGGAAUGUAUGGUUUAUGUAAGGAUUUUUAUUACACUUCCAAUGAAGGUUAAACAUUGGUGGGUUACAAAAAUCCUUACACAAAACAACAGCACGUGGUUAGAUUUGAGAGCCUGCCUGAGUCACUUAUCGGGAAAAGGCAGAGAAAGUGGCAAUAUUUUAGUUAGUGUAUAAUACAAUUAGUAUUUCAAAAACAUACAGAAAUGUGUGUAAAAUACAAUUGAUAUUUAAAAACAUACAGAAAUGUAUAUAUAAUAUAUUUGAUAUUUAAAACA